AUGAUUCCGGCAAAAGGAUCACCAGCCUGCAGCGAUGAUCUCCGCCGGGAUGCGUGCGACAGUGAUAUUAUUGUUGACUUUGCAACGCUACUGACCUUUGAGCCCGUUGGAGGCGGCCGGGAAUACCUAACCCUAACCAGAAGUAGUCUUUGUGCAUCUUUGCGAGGUUUGGCCGCGAAUGAUCUCUACCAAGAGCGAAGGCGGAAUUACCAAAGCUUGAUUCAACCGCCGAACCCCGGCCGGCUACUCCGGGGUUUUGUGGGCUUGAAGGCGCGCAUGAAUCUGGGGCAUCUGGGGUGUGGGUAAAUAGAGUGUGGCGAUGCAUUUUUUUUUUAAGUAGCGGAUGAUGCAGCCUCAAGUAUGGUAGUGGUUAAUAUUAUUUGGUCUUGGGUGAGUUUAAUUUAAAACUUAGAGAGAGAGAGAGCCGCCUUCGUCUCGACAUGCCCGCUCGAUCAGCUGAAAACUUCGUCCAGAUAAAAGCAUAACUACUCCGUACGGAGUACACUGUCUGGCAAUCGUCGCUGAUGCUGAAAUGAUGACCCCCGUGCGAUGACCACUCGCGCGUUGUUUCACUCCUCCGCUGGUGGCGGACUAAUCGCAUCAGGAACCAUGGAGCCUGGCUACUUGGUUGAAGGAGGAAACUAUCGAGCUCGUGGAAAAUAUAAUUUGGCUCGUUUCGAUCGUCGGCUCCAGGGGCGUUUUCCAUGUUUGAAGUCAGCGGCGGGUUUAUGUAGCUUCACAAACAAUAUUUUAUUUAUAUUAUAUAGACACACACCAAUAGUUACAAUAUUUUAGCCCUAAUAUAGUCAGUAUAUUACUAUAUAUAGUUUAGUCAGUCUUACCUAUGCGCUCCACACAACCUCUCAACAGUCUCAGACCUCAGCCAUAAUAGAGCCCCCCGGGUAUAGAGCCCCCUUCAGAUAUAGAGACUCUCAGAUAUAACUGAGUAUAGAGACUCUCAGAUAUAGAAGUCCCCAAGUAUAGAGACUCUCUGAUUAUGGAGACUGGCCUGAGUAUAGAGAGUGUCUCAGGCAAAGAGACUCUAAAUAGAGACUCUCAGAGCUAGAGCUCUUAUACAAUCUCCAAUGAGAAGAUCUUGUUUGCUAAUACAAUCAGUAUUGUUGAUAUGUGCCAAUUGUAACAUCGUCUAAAACGCCUAUUUAGAUGUAUACAGGGUCUCAAACAGGCUUUUACCAAUUACAUAGCUUUUUUGUAAUAUACAGUACAUCAUUGAUCAGAAGAAUUCUUUCACUACUCUUA